AUGCCGAGGAAAUACACAGAAGUUAUCUCGGAGGCCGACGGCCAUCGAGCGAUGGCACAGGCGGCUGCUGAAGACGGAUCGGCCAGCCUGCGAUACCGGACCAUCGGAGGCGUGAAAGGGCCGCUGGUCAUCCUGGAGAACGUGAGGUGCCCCAAAUACGCAGAAAUGGUGAACAUCAACCUUGGCGACGGCACCACACGUCGAGGCCAAGUGUUGGAAGUGAGAGGUAACGUGGCAGUUGUGCAGGUGUUCGAAGGAACCGCCGGCAUCGACAACCGCAGCUGCAGUGUGGACAUGACCGGCGACGUCCUCAAGAUGGGAGUUAGCGAGGACAUGCUCGGACGCGUGUUUAAUGGCAGCGGGAAACCGGUUGACGGCGGGCCCCGCAUCCUGGCGGACGACUACAUCGACGUUAACGGAGAGGCCAUCAAUCCCAUGUGCAGGCUGCACCCGAGGGAGAUGCUGGAGACAGGAAUUUCAACGAUCGAUAUCAUGAAUUCUGUUGUAUUGGGGCAGAAAAUCCCGCUAUUCUCGGCUGCAGGUCUGCCGCACAACGAAAUCGGUGCGCAAAUCUGUAGACAGGCGUCACUUGUGGACCACAAGGAUGUGGUCGACAGACACCCAGACAACUUCGCCGUCGUAUUCGCAGCCAUGGGUGUCAAUCUGGAAACUGCUUCGUUCUUCAAGAACGAUUUCGAGCAAAACGGUGCCAUGUCAAGAGUGGCUUUGUUCCUUAACCUGGCCAACGACCCGGCCGUAGAGCGCAUUGUCACCCCCCGUUUCGCCUACACCUUAGCCGAGUACCUCGCCUUCGACAGAGAGAUGAACGUCUUCGUCAUCCUGACAGAUAUGUCAGCCUACGCCGACGCGCUCCGUGAGGUAUCAGCUGCCAGGGAGGAGGUGCCCGGUAGGCGUGGAUACCCCGGUUACAUGUACACUGAUUUGGCAAGCCUCUACGAACGUGCUGGCAGAAUACAGGGGUGCAAUGGAAGUAUCACACAGUUCCCCAUCCUUACCAUGCCGAACGAUGACAUCACUCAUCCCAUCCCCGACUUGACGGGUUACAUCACUGAGGGUCAGAUAUUCGUGGACAGGAACCUAUACAACAGGGGUAUAUAUCCCCCGAUCAACGUGCUGCCGUCGCUGUCGCGUCUCAUGAAGUCUGGCAUUGGAAAGGGACUCACCAGGGAGGACCACCCUGCUGUCUCUGACCAACUCUAUUCGGACUAUGCCAUCGGACAAGAUACGCGCACCAUGAAGGCUGUCGUUGGAGAGGAGGCCAUGUCGUCCCAAGAUUUACUGUACCUGGAGUUCACGGACAAGUUCGAGCAGAAGUUCCUCAAGCAGGGACAAUACGAAAGGAGGAGCAUCACCCAAUCACUAGACAUCUGCUGGGAGCUGCUCCGCACCUUCCCCGAAGACAUGCUCAAAAAGAUCAAGAAGGAUAUUAUCAAAAAGUACUACCCAAGGAGUCACGCCACAUCCUCCGCCGUAUGA